GUCUUAGUGGGUAUGGGCUGGGGGGGCAGUGCGUGUCCGUGGUCGUGGCUGUUGUCAGCCCCGGUGACGGUUGGCACCUUCUCUUUCCUUUAUUUUUCACAUUCUGUGCUCUCCUUCCCAGCCUGCCCGACUCCGCGUCGCAUUGGGAUCGCGGAGGAGCUCGGGGGGGGUGGGGGGCGGUGGGAUUGCUCAAGGAAGGCUCCGGCCCCCAAACUUCGGCCAGCCGAGCGCGCGCAGCACCAGCUGACCGUUAAGUCAAACGGCCGCCGCGCGUGAGCGUGUUUGCGGUGCGCGCCCGCGACCAGGGACAGUCAUUCAUUGAAUGAGCGGGCGGACGAAGGGCCUGAGAAACUUUCCAUCCACCGUUUGGGCUCGUCCAUCUGCAGGAGGUAGGAAGUUUAUCGCCUUAUGAGGCGGAUAGGAACAGUCUCCGGGGUGAAUUCGGAGUCCCACUGCACAUCACGGCUCUGAACUCUUUGGACCUGACCCACAGCCACUGCAAUCGCCGACGCUGCUUCUGGGAAUCGACUCUAAACUUCCGUACGAAACCAGAAGAGCAAGAAGUAGAUGUUUCCGCACAAGCCCGAGCCAGAGGCAGUGGUUUUUCGACCUUCUCUCAGUUAAGGAACCCCCACAAUAUAGUUUAUGAAAUGCUGUGUAAUGCUGUCCUCCAAGUCAAACGUGAAAACAAAGUAGUACACAAUUGAGCAAAUGAAUGAAUGUGCAAAUAAGUCUUUUCUUUUAAAUAUUAAAACUAUAUUCAAAACUCUAGUAAUAUGUUCAAAUUACCUGAAAAUUGGGUGGAAACUUUGAAAGAUGCUCGGAUUCUGGGGAAAUCUGUUUGAAAAUGCAUUUUUCUCCACAACAUUAACGUGUAUUGACCACUGAGAGCUUUAAACUUGUCACUUGAUAAUUGUGUUUCGCUGUAUGUGAUGUUUGUGAGUUGGGGGUAAUUACAGACAAAAUUAUGCUUUCAUCCAUCAGACCCCAGCUUCCCUGCCACACAGCAUUCGACCCUUUUAUUUAUUAAUUGGAAUAUGAGAAUCAACUCAGUGCCUUAGGUGCCAGGACCUUUAUUACUUUCAUUCUUUGCACUCCCAAGAAUCAAGCAGUCUGACAUGCUCCCUAUGAAACAUAUUUUCCCCCACUUUACGCAUAGAGGGUUACUGAGUGUUCUGGCUGUCUUGUUUAUGGUUGUAGAAUUCAGUAGCAACCAUACAACCAUACCAAGGAGCUGCCCAGCACUGGGCAUAAAUGCCACAGUGUGGGUGAGUUGCAACCGAAAAACAAGAUUCUGGAAGGAACUUUCUGUAAGACUCUUCAGAACACAUUGAAAUGAACACACAGAUUAAUCAUUAUGCAAGUAAUUUUAAGUCACAGCCUGGUAGAAGAGCAAAUACAGAUCUUGUUCUGAUUAAUCUGUAUAAUUAGAAAGUGUAACAAAGAAUAAUCUGUAUAACUUCAAAAGGAAAUGUCAUGCUCGAAUUUUUUGAAGGAGCAACAAAGUAGAUGAUUACAUUCUCCCAUCACAGUGGGUGACUCAUUCUCCAAUGUGAUGUUGGAGGGGAUCACCCCAAUAUAAUAAAACCUUUGAACUGAUUGGAAGGGUAAAUUGUUGAUUGUAACUAUUGGAUCUUGGGGUUUGUGGUCAGGGCAGAUUUUUCAGAUUUAUCAGAAGGCCAGUUUGUUCUGAGCUUGGGCAGUGACCACAAGUCUCAUGCUGAAAGUCAGUUGCCAGGCUGGACUUUGUUGGGAUAUAAUUGCCGCAACAAUGGGCUGGAAAUCUAGGGAUAGCUUUUUAUUGACCAUCAGCUAUGUUUUGUGCCCAUCUUAGUCUGGUGAACUACUACCAGGCGCCUUGUCUCAAGGGACCCAAUAUCAUGGAAAGAGAUUUGUUGGAACUACGUGGGAAAUUUUAAACUAGUCUGGCAGCAGAGUGAGACCUUAAGCAGUAGUGAGACAAGAGAGAAGGUUGAGGCUGGUACAGAAGUUAAAGAAAGCAAGUUAAAUAGGCAGGCAUGAGUACGGCAGAGAACAAGGGAUGACUGAUGAAUUAAACUGCAUUUAUUUCAAUGCAAGAGGCCUGACUGGUAAGGCAGCUGAAUUCAGGGCAUGGAUAGGAACAUGGACUGGGAUAUCAUAGCUAUUACAGAAACAUGGCUGAGGGAGGACAAGACUGGUGGCUCGAUGUACGGAUGCUUUAGGAAAGAUAGAAGGGGAAGCAAGAGAGGAGGGGGAGUGGCAUUUUUGAUGAGGGAAAACAUUAUGCUAUACUUAGGAUAUUCCUAGAGGAUUGUCUAGUGAGGCUAUACGGGUGUAAUAGAGAACUAAGAAGGGGUGAUUACUUUGAUGGGAUUGUACGAAAGACACCUCCAAUGGUCAGCAGGAAAUUGAAGAGCAAAAAUGUAGGGAGUUGUAGAUGGCUGUAAUAGUAAUAGGGUUGUAAAGUAAGAAGUUUGAACUUCCCAAACAUAAACUGGGACUGCCAUAGAGAAGGAGGAAUCUGUGGGGUGUGCUCAAGAAAGCUUUCUUAAUCAAUUUGUAGAUAGCGCUACUCGAGAAGGGGCAAAACCCAAACUCUUCUUGGGAAAUGAGCCAAGUGAUUGAGGUGUUAGUUAUGAGUGAUCAUAAUUCUAUUAGUUUUAAAAUAGUUAUGGAAAAAGAUAGGCCUGAUCUAUAAAUUCUAAAUUGGGGAAAGGCCAAUUUUGAUUAUAUUAGGAACUUCCAAAAGUUGACUGGGGGAGGUUGUCCACAAGUGAAGGGGAGUACGGCAAGUAGGAGGCUUCAAACAUGAGAUAAUAAGAGUUCAGGGACAGCAUGUUUUUGUCGAUGUGAGGAGCAAAGCUGGCAAGAGUAGGGAACACUGGAUGGCUAGAGAUACUGAGGCUUUGGUCAAGGAAGAGAAGGAAGCAUAUGUCAUUUGUAGAUAGCUGGAAUCAAGUGAAUCCCUUAAGGAAUAUAGGGGGGGUGUAGAUUACACUGAAGGGGGAAAUUAAAAAGGCAAAAAGGGGACGAGAAAGGGCUUUGGCAGAUUAGGUUAAGGAGAAUCCAAAGGCAUUCUAAAGUAUAUUAAGGUCAAAAGAGUAACUUGGGAGAGAAUAGAGGCCACUUAAAGAUCAACAAAGCCAUCUGUGUUUGAAACCACAGAAAUAUUUCAUGUUAGUUAUUGCUGUGGAGAAACAUAUGUAAACUAGGAAACUCAAGGAAAUAAAUAGUGAUGUCUUGAAAAUAUUUCAUUUUACAGAAGAGGAGGUGCUGGAGGUCUUAAAAUACGUAAAGGUAAACAAAUCUCUGGGAUCUGAUCAAGUGUAUUCCAGGCCAUUGUAGGAAGCUAGGGAAGAAAUUGUGGGGCUCAAGUAGUGAUAUUUAUAUCAUCAGAUCUGGCAGAGUUAACUUUUUGAGCCCUGUGACCCUUCCUCAACUGAAGAAGGAUUACUGGACCCAAAACAUUAAUUUUAAUUUCUCUUUACAGAUGCUUCCAGACCUGCUGAGCUUUUCCAGCAACUUCUGUUUUUGUUUCUGAUUUACAGUAUCUGCAGUUUUGUUUUUGGUUUUUGCAGUCAUAUCAUCAAUAGCCAUGGGUGUGGUGCCAGAAGAUGGAGAGUGGCUAAUGUUGUGCCAUUAUUUAAGAAAGGCUGCAAAUAAAAAAGUGAACUACAGAUCCGCAAGCUUUAAAUCAAUGGAAGUUUUAAUUUCUGCCAAAGGAACUAAUUUCUCACCACUACAUGCAUCUGUCUGAAGUUCUCACCAUCUGUAAGUAAUUGUUCAACUGUGUCACGUCAUCAUAGCUCUCAAACGGGUGACUGAAGAUUAUCCAUUUAUAACAAUGGCAAUGGGAAAUAAUCAAAUGAUCACUGCAACUGUGAGAGCAGAAACUGGGAGCAGCAUCAUUUCACCAGUUAUUGAAAACUCCACUGUCAGCUCCAUGCCCAUUACAAUCAAUGUGGAGCGUGUUUGCAAGGUCAGCCAUGGUGGAUAUUUUCGCUGCAUGGCUUUACCCCCAUCUAUCAAAUCUGGAGAUUUAUAUGAACAAGUUAUAAACGAUCAUAAGAAAAUCCUGAGGGAAAAACUUGAAUAUAUUACAGAUUACACAUCAAUUGCAGGGGAGCGUAUCUACCUCCUUCAGAGGUUCACGACUCUUUGGAUCACCGAUGCUAAGGAGCACGAAGUAACAGAAAUUGGAUCAUCUUCCCAUAGACAUGACAAAACAGUUAUUAAAUCUAUGGAGAACAAGAACAUUUUCAGACCCAUUCAUGAAGAACGACCGGCAAGAGUGGUCAUUACCAAUGGCAUUGCAGGCAUCGGGAAGACAAUUUAUGUAAAGAAGUUCCUCCUCGACUGGGCAAUGUCAAAAACACACCAGAAGUAUGAUUUUGUAUUUGUCUUUCCAUUCUGUGAGCUCAAUCUCAUCUCAGACGAAAGCAUGAGCCUUGUACAGCUAGUGCAGCAACAUUACCCACAUAUGAGGCAAUUGGGUGAGUCUUACCCGAAGGACUCUGACUGCUCCUUGUUCAUUUUUGAUGGUCUGGAUGAAAGCCGAUUUUCCCUAGAGUUUGAAAAUAACCCUGUGUGCUCUGACAUAACAAAGCCAGUGCCUCUGCAAUCAUUACUGACAAAUCUCAUCAAAGGGAACCUCUUUCCCUCAGCAUCUAUUUGGAUAACAACACGCCCAUCAACAAUACAUCGAAUUCCAUCCUGCUAUGUGGACAGAGUGACAGAAAUACAGGGAUUCAAAGAUGAAGAAAAGGAAGAAUAUUUCAGGAGGAAAUGCCAGGAUGAACGGCUGACAGAGAAAAUCAUUGCACUAGUAAAGAAGCAAAGUAGCCUUUGGAUGAUGUGCUAUGUGCCUGCUUUCUGCUGGAUCCUCACCACUGUUUUAGAACAUGUCUUCAAGUCAUCACAUGGUGAGGAAUUUAGAGAUAGCACUGUAACUGAGAUUUAUACCAAGUUUCUACUAGUCAUGGUGACGUACCAUCAUGAAUACCGUGGCCAUGGAAAGGAAAAAAUUGAAAAGAUAUGCCAGUUACUUCAGUCAGACCGGGCAGCAAUACUCAAUCUGGGCAAGCUUGCAUUCCAGUAUCUUAAGUCUCAUACUUUUGUCUUUUAUGAGGAAGAUUUUAAAUCCUUCAAUAUUGAUAGUUCAUCUAUCUGUAGUGGGUUUUGUCGGCAAUAUUAUAUUGAGUACUCCCCCCUUUCCCACAGGCGAGUCUACUCCUUUGUUCAUGCCACAGUCCAACAGUACUUUGCAGCUCUCUAUAUUUUUGUAGCUUACCACAAUGACAAACGGAACCUGAUGGCAUGCAGUAUGAUGGGGCGGCUCUGGGAGAUCUUUUCAAAGCCUACCUUCUUUCAGGUUUGUAAAAGUGCCUGCAGUGAGGUAGUUCAGAGUCACACAGGCCACUUGGAUCUGUUUCUCCAAUUUCUCUGUGGGCUGGGAAAGUGUAGGAUACAGAAGUGCCUGCAAGGUCUUCUAACUCAUGUGGAGGAACAGAAAGAUGAUCUACAGAAUACCAUAAGCUACAUGAAGAGGUUGCUCCAAACAGACAUCCCUCCAGAGAGAUGUAUCAAUCUAUUUCACUGCCUCACUGAAAUGAAUGAUAAGUCAGUAGUGAGAGAAAUGAAUGAAUCCCUUCACCAGGGAGUAUUGUCCUCCAAAAAACUAUCACUUGCUGAUUAUUCAGCAUUGGCCUACAUUCUGAAGACAUCUGAUAUGGACAGAAAAGAAUUCAAUUUAUCCACAUACAGGAUAUCACCAGAUGGUUUGAAAAGACUGUUACCGGUUAUUAAAUCCUUUGAAAAGAUAACGCUAACAGGUACCAUCAUGGAUGAGGAAAUGGUUAAUUCUAUGAGCGCUCUUCUGCUUGCCAAUAAAAACCAAAUCAAGGAGCUAUGCUUGAUAAAUAACACAUUGGGAGAUACAGGCCUCAAAAAGCUGGCUGGCGCACUGAUGAGCUCAAGCUGCAGGCUGGAGAUACUGCAUCUGUGUACAAAUAACCUCACAGAGCAAUGUGGCAAGGAUCUAAUUUCCAUUUUAAGAAAAAAUCGAAUUAUAAAAGAGUUUGACCUGAAAUAUAACCAGUUGAAAGAUGCAGGAAUGAAGCAGCUUUCUCUCGCACUGCAAGAUUCUGACUGUGAGAUCGAAACCCUGGGGUUGUGGGGCAAUGAGUUCACACACUGCUGCUGCGUAGAUUUAGCUCUGGCUCUUAAAACCAACCAGUCGUUAAAAAGGCUGGAUCUAGGCUGCAAUAUUCUUGGAGACUUGGGAAUAAAACUGCUGUGUGCAACGAUGAAGAAUGAUGGCUGUAAAAUUGAGAAGUUAGGGUUACACCAGACUGGCUUAACAGAAGGCUGCUGUGAGGAUCUCACCUCCGUUCUCAGAACAAGCCAGAGCCUGACAGCUUUAGAGCUGGGCUACAACAACCUGGGAGAUUUGGGUGUACAGCGACUGUCUGCAGCACUGAAAGAUCCCAACUGUAAAUUACAAACUCUCGGGCUGUACCGCAACAAUCUGACAAGUGCCUGCUGCCCAGAUCUUGCACAAGCCCUCACUGUCAGUUCCACAUUAACAGAACUCAACCUAAACAGCAACAGUCUGCAAGAUUCGGGAGUCACAUCACUCCUUAAAGCCCUGAAGAAUCCACAGUGCAGGAUACAGGAAAUAAACUUAAAAAACUGUGAUUUGACCGCUGCCUGUGGUGAGGAUAUUCUGUGUGUCCUGAGAGUGACACAUUCACUCACACAGCUGAACCUGUCGGCAAACAAGCUGGGGGGAUUAAAAGGCAAAUUGAAGCACCUCACACAAUCAAAAUGCAAACUCCAUCUAUAGAGAACAAAACAGGUACUUGUUUCUCUUUCUAUUUAAUUUCAUUUUCUGUAUCAUUUUCCUGGUUUCAAACUAUGUUCUGUUCUGGACAGUAUGAUCUGCGACACUGAACACUCCUUGCAUGCUAUAUUCACCAGGGUCUGGAAACACUCACUGCCCACCCACAAUCUCCUACUAAUGUAGCUUACAUUAAGUGUAAUCCUUGUGUAGAAGUGAUGUGAAGUAGGAGGCAUAUUAAAUAAAGAGUAAUGGUUAAAAGUAGUAUUUUGUAAUAACAAGUGAUUAUGUGGUGCAGUUUAUGUUUGAAGCCGUGCAGUGAGACGUCUCACUCAACCGAGCAGGGACAGUAUGAUGCAAAGCUGCUGGGUGUCCUGUUCACUUAUCUUAUGAUGCCCAGUUAACAAUGUCUACAGAUGUCUUCCAUCCUCUCCCAGGAAAAGAACUGAACAAUGCUGUAACAUCUGAGACAUCUGCCAGAUCAAGUUCACAUACGUGGCUGGUCACAGCUGGAAAUGCAGAGCUAAAUGGACCAACAAUGGCCAAAGGUGAUUGCUCAAGGUGAAUUCCAUUAAUUGAUUGUGGUGCCCUAUCUUACAACAGUGACCAAAUUUCAAAAAGUACUUAAUUGUCUGUAACUCAAUUUAGUAUUACUUGAAGACAUGAAAUGUGAUUAUGUAACAGUAAGUUCUUGCUUUCUUAGUUCUGCUCUCAUGAUCUAUUUUCUGCACAUGAACUCUUUGACCAAAAAGAACAGAAGAACAUAACAAUAGAUGUAUGGUGCCAUGAAUGCAUAUUGUCUUUAAAAAGAAUGUUAUUUAUAUUAUGUAUUUGAAUGUCUAUUCUAUAAAUGAAUGUAAAUUUAUGCUGUGAAUAGGGUUAAGUGUGCGUUGCAAAUAUCACUUUAAAUUGCGUGAUGAAAAAUAAGCUGUGCGUGAAAAUUUAUAUCAUGUACAUAAAUUUUCAGGAUAUCAUGCAUGUGAAUCUGAACUGUACACUGGAAUGUACACCUGAUGAUAAUUUAUAGUUUGCGUAAUAAGUAUACAAUGUAUGAUCAUUUGCAGUGUGAAUUAGAUUGUCUUGAUUAAUACUGAUAAUGUAUAGUUUACUUACUGAGUAAGUUUUAUACUUUUAUAUCUCUAUACUUUUAGUUUCUUUGUGCUUUGACGCUAGUUUCUUGUAUGGCUAUCCACAAGGUCACUAUUUAGCAUUAAAACUCUCUUUGCAGAGCUGUCGAGGUAUCUUUUUCUCUUUAUUUUUUCAUGCAAUGUAAUUGCCCUUGACCUGAGUGGCUUGUUAGGCCAUUUCAGAGAUCAAUUAAGUCAACUAUGUUGCUGUGAAUCUGGAGUAACAAGUUGGCAGAUCGAAUAAGGACAGCAGAUUUAAUUCCCUAAAUGACAUUAGUGAACUUAAUAGGUCUCAGAACAGUCAGUGGUAAUUUUAUGGUCACCACUACUGAGACAAGUUUUCCAUUUUUUUCUGUGCACUCACAGGAUGUGGGCAUCUCUGACUAGGGCUAGCAUUUAUUGCCCAUCUCUAACUGCCAAGUAGGCAGUUAAGAGUCAACUGCAUUGCUGUGGGACUGGAAUCACAUGUAGUCCAGCCCAGAUCAGGGUGACAGUUUCCUUCCCUAAAUACGAUACAGAUGGAUUGUUCCUAUAAUUGCCAAUUGAUUCAUGGUCAUUAUUAGACUCUUAAUCCCAGAUUUACUAAUUACAUUCGAAUUCCAUCCGAUGCAAUGAUGGGAUUUGAAACUAUCCUCAAUGAAUUCACCUUGGACUCUGGAUUACUAUGGAGAGAAAUAGAGUUAACAUUUUAAGUUCAAAAUGAGACAACAAGUUUGGGAAAGCUCGCCAUUGAUACGAGUCAUAGCUAGUGCAAAGGUAGGUGAUUGUCAUUGUUGGACGUCAAUCAUCUCAAUGCUAGGACAUCAUUUCUGUAGGAUUUCAGAGAAUGCCCCAGGCCCAACCAUCUUCAUGUUUCUUCAUUAAGAAUCUUCUACCUGUCAUAAGGUUAGAGAGGCAAGUGCAGAUGAUGGAAGUUUUGAUGAUUACACAAUGUUCAAUGUUACCAUCUCCAACUGCGUUUGCAGCUAUCUCAAAACUAAAAGCAAUUAAAAGCCUGUUUCUCUCAAUACUACAUGUAAGUGGUAAGCUAUUCAAAGAAUGUUUGCAUUUUCAUUAAAUGCUUUGCUUUUUUCUAUUGAUCUUUGUGGAAUCACAAUUCACAAUUCUGUCAUUGUAGCUACCCCUCAAUUCAACAACGACAUCUGUUCAGGACCAGGGAUUUCUGCCAAGGGUCUUCAUGCGUAUAUUGGGGAAGUCAGCUGUCCCCUGACUUUUGUGGGGUAUAUAUUGCACAGGCAGGAUAGCAGCGGUCACCCCAGCACUGAUCCCUACAAUCACCAUGGUGGCUUAUAGCCAGCUUCAGCAUGGCCCCCCGAAGGUGGCAGUGAUGAUAGAAGGCGCAAACUUGUGCACUGAAGGUUACUUGGGAAUUUUUGGGUGCUUAGGACAGGCUCAGAGAUGGGGGUCAAGUUUUAUGCCUGAAAUGCAGGACGACAAUGAGUUAAUCAGCUUCCAACAGCUGUUUAUUUUGAAGCUGAACUCCCAAUUGUUUAGUUGGCUUUUUGAAGCUAGGCAUCUGUUUUGAAAAGCCCUAGAGGAGUAUUGGUAUGAAGAGGGAGAUCCUAAAUGGUCUUGUGAAAAAAAAUGACCUUGUUUGAGCUCUUUUUUAAGAAAUUUUUAAAUGGCUGCUAUCAACUACAGAAUGCUUCUAGAAAAUACCAGCAAUUACCAAAGCAAAAACAAACUCAAUAUCUCUUGAUUUAGAGAUAGCAGGAACUGCAGAUGGUGGAGAAUCUGAGAUAACAAGGUGUAGAGCUGGAUGAACACA